AUGGCAUACAGCCAAUCAGAUGAUCCACCAUCGACAACUCCAUUUUCACGCAACCAAUUUGAUAUUAAGCAAUUACAAGAAGAACAACAGAAAGAUCCAGUUAUUUAUAAGAAAUUACAAGAAAUUGAAAAAGAUCCACACAACAAAUAUUACAUUAUUCAUGGUGUAUUUUUGUUCAAGUUGUUACUAAGGCAUCGUAAACAAGAGAAGCCACAAUUAAUUUAUCUUCCAUCUUCAUUGGCUAAAACUUUGCUUCAAGCUUGUCACAAUGAUCCAAUUGGUGGUGGACACUUCUCAAUUCAACGAACAUAUAUGAAAUUCAAGGAGAAAUAUUCGUGGCCUGAUAUGCGUACAACAAUCGAAAAUUAUAUCAAGGGACCCAAUCAAUUGUUGGGAAUUGAUCUUUGCGGACCAUUAGAAAGUUCUUCAGGUGAAAAUCACUACGUUCUAACAAUAACGGAUUAUUUCACAAGAUGCACAGCAGUGGCUUUAUCAAAUUGUUCUGCACAAACAACGGCAGAAGCAGUGUUCAAACAUUAUAUUUGUACAUUUGGUAUUCCAGCAACAAUAUUAUCCGACCAACGAACUCAUUUUCAAAAUCAAUUGUUGCAAGCAUUAGAAACCAAAAUUGGCAUCCAUCAUAUUUUUAGUUUGGUUUACCGUCCCCAAACAAAUGACAUGAUAGAACGAUUCAAUUCAACAUUUAUCCCACAAAUUGCUAAACUUCAAGAUCAAGAAAGCAGCAACUGA